AUGGUAUAUAAGAAAGAGCUCAGGAAGGUACGGAAAGUACAAUCGCCCCCUCACCACCACGGCCGACUGAUCUUGCGGAGUGGAUCUUCCCCCACCCCACCCGCGUUUCGCUCGGGCUCCCUACGCUCUGCAAAGGGAGCAGGGAGCUGGAGGCGCCUUGCACACCAGUCUUCCCGGAGCUGCAGACAAGGAGCCCCGCGCCCUCGGGAGCCUCUCGGCGGCUUUCCCUCUGCCGCGCGGCUGUGCAGCCUCUCACCGCCGCCCCCACCCGCAGCUCGCCCUCGCUCCCCACCUCCAGCCCCGCCAGCCGGAGCGCGCACACCGGGGCUCCCGCACGUGGGCGCGCGGGAGGUGGCGGCAGCUGCUGCCGCUGCCGGAGCCCGAGCCCGAGCCCGAGCCGGAGCCAGAGUCCGAGCGGGAGAGAUCGCCCUCCAUGCUGCGGGCGCUGCGGCCGCUUUCCGCUCAGCCUCGGGUCCCAGGCGAGCCUUGCGAGCCGGCGGAGCAGCGGAGGGGAGGAGGACUAGGACGAGAAGAGGGGCUCGGCGGGCUGGAGCGAGCUGGGCUGUGAGCACUGGGGACCCGCAGCCUGGAGGAAGCAGCCCCGCUCUAUCGCGCGCUCUCCGCUCCAGCCGCUACUGGGGGCUCCAGGCAGCGCGAUGCCGUUGCGCUUCUUCUAGGCGGCGGCCGGCGGAGGCAUUCCGCAGCCGCUUGGCCCGCACCGGCCCCUGUUCCGCUGGCAAAUCCCUUGUCUAUCCGGAAGGACGCACCCUGCCGCCCAAGCCGGAGCGAGCGCGAAGUCCGAAGUCCGCCCCCAGCGCCUUCAACUUCCCUGUGAGCCCCUCUCCCCGCCGCAGCCUGCGCCAGACCUGGGAGCGAUGCGCCCCCAGCCGGGCGGCGCGCCCUCUGCCAACUCGCCACACAUGGGAUCGACUGCUCUCAGCUGCCCGGCUUGGAGUGCGUAGCCUUUGCCGCGUGGCCAGGAGAGGAGCAAGACACCGAGGCGUUUCGCGGUCUCCGCGAGCACCGGUCGGCUUGGUGGCUGCGGGAUAGCGUUUAUACCAAGGGACUUGGAAGAAACCUCCAUCCUCAGGGAUUUGGAGAAGGCUCUACUGGAACCUGUGUGAAAGCUGAGACAACCAUCCCUUUUGUGGUGGCCUGAGGAGAUUUUCUUAAUCCCAAUGUUGCCCUGAAAUUUAUGUCCAGGAUUCAAGAAGAUUAGGACUGCUAAGAUUCUCACUCUAUUGCCCAGGCUGGAGUGCAGUCUGGAUCACUGAAACUUCUGCCUCUGGGAUUCAACCAAUUCUCCUCCCUCAGCCUCUGGAGUAUCUGGGAUUGUAAGCACCUGCUACCAUGCCCAGAUAAUUUUUGUAUUUUUAGUAGAGAUGAAAUUUCACCAUGUUGGCCAGGCUGGUUUUGAACUCCUCACCUCAAGUGAUCCACCUGCCUCAGCUUCCCAAAGUGCUGGUAUUACAGGCGUGAGCCACUGCGCAUGGUCCCAACUUUUACUUAUGAAACUGCAGCUGGUGAAACAUGCAAACCUAUAAAAGAUGAUAUAUUCUUCAGAGAUGUGGUGAAGGAAAUAUUUAUAGUAUUUUACUUGGAACUGAAGUUAAAAGUUGUAGUUUUUGAAGCAACUUCCUUGCCAUGUGAUUUUUCAAGAGAAAUGUAAAGAUAACGUGCCUCAAUUUUCACCUCUAUGAAUAUAUUCUGGUGCAAAAAGUAUCUUCUAUUAAUUGGUAAAACUCUUAACAAACAGCAAUAGCAUUUCCUUAGUCUGAUCACAAAUGCAUACAAAAAUUGUUAAGAAAUUAUAGCAAAUUAUAAUACUUAAUAGUGAACUAUUGAAAUCUUUUACUCAAAGAUAGGGAAUGAGAUAAGAAUGCCUCCUGUCUCAUUUAAAUACCGUCCUGUUGAUCAUAGUCAGUACAAUAAAGCAAUAAGUUAAAACAAAAACAUAAGAACUAAAAGCAAAUAAACAAAUUUACCAGUAUUCAUAGCAUGUUUGUGUAGAUAAAAUUUUUAAAUUCUGUAGACACAUUCCUAUAAUAACUAAUUUUAGUAAAAAAAUAAAUAUAUGCUCCAGCUACAAAUACUUAGAAAGUAAAAAUUUUAAAUAUCAUUUAUAAUAAUGGAGGGGCCAAGUGAAAGCUUACCUUCUACCCUGCAAAGGUUCACUGAAAAUGUACUGACAAAAUAAGAUUAAUUGGAAGAAAAGGCAUACAGAAUUUGUUUUAACAUGAUUAUGUUCACAGGGGCCAUACACAAAUUAUGAGACUUGAAGAGGGGCUAGAUGAUUGAAACUUAACUACUCUCUUCAUAGGGAAGAGAUGUAUGGAUUUAGGAGGCACACAUUAUUUUGUAAAUGAUUGUCUUUGGAAGCUGGGUAGGACAAGUUAAGGGGAAGGCAAGGGGUAGAACUGCACAAGAGCAAAGGUAAUCUCUUAGAGCUGCUCUCAAAUUAAAAAUUUGUUUAGAUGUGGUGAUGAUUCUCAGUCUCUGCUCUGCUGGUUGAUCUUUCCUGGUUAACUGAUGGGAUUCUUAGGGAGAGGGUCUUAAGACAAAUGCAUGUGUUUUGAAAAGAAGCUUUCUUAGAUAAAUAAAUUUCAGAGUUUCUCUCAGUGCUUUGGGAAAGAGGAUCAGA